GUUUUGGGGCAGUAUAAAUUUCCAACAAUUUUUUCCUCUUAUCUUUUCUUUUCCUCGUCAGAUGCAAUUGGUAAUUGCUAUCCAUUAAUGAUGUUAUUUCUUUCAAUUGGCCCUGGCAAUUUUACUUGAAAAUGGGAUACAUUUCCAAUUAUAGAAACGAAAAGAUGGAUUCACAUUUUCUAGGCAAUUCUGGAAGAGAGUGGAGAAAUUGACACGAAGCAGAAGUGUCCAGGAGUCACUAGAAACUCUUAGCCACGUCCAGAAAACUUGACACGCCAUCUAAAUUCAUACAGUGCCCACAAGUGAAGUUUUUAGUAUUUGUUGGCUGUUGUUUAUUAUUUAAAAAGAAUAUAAACUGCCCAAUUAAUUUACAAUCGAAUACCAAGGUAAAAUUUUGACAAUCUUUUACACAUACAGAAAGAUCAAAGAUGCAAACAAGAUUGGCUAUUUCUUCAGCAACAAAACUUCAUAAACUCUUAUUUGCACAACAAUCUCAGAAGUACUUUCCAUAUAGAUCAUUUUCAUCUUCUACUGGAGGUCGAACAGCUGAUCCUGCUGUCCAUUCUGGACCUCUUGAAGGAGAUGACUUAGAGGAAUCAGUAAAAUUUGCAGAAAACGAAAGGAAUCAACCCAAUAUAAAGCCCGGUAAGGACAGUGACACAUUCGUACCACCCAAAUCACCACUUGGAUCAUCUCAAAAGAUCGAAAGCACCGGGGUACACCAACCUAUAGACCCUUUGACACAACAAAAGAGACAGAAAUCUAGUAAUGCUACCAGUGAUACAUCAUUUAAAGACAUUAACUGCGCUGGAAUGGAUGGUACCCCGUGGCCCGAUGAGGCGAAAGACAAGGGAGCUCAAUUUGAAGACGACAAAGAGUACUUUAAGCAUCAUAAGCCAUCUCCAUUAGCGGAAAUGGAGAUGUCUGAUACAAGGAAGCCGAUCACACAGGCGACUGAUGCGCCUGCACCUGAUGGCAUUCCUUUAUACCCUGCUCCUGAUGGCGGGGUGAUGGUAUGGAGGCCGGAACAACUGGAUACGGCUGAAGAGGCUCUUUUGAGAGCUGUGGAGAUAUGGAAACAGAAUGCUAUGAGGGGUGAUCCGGAUUCACCUCAAGGUAGGAUUCUUAGAAAGCUUCGCGGCGAGUACUGGUGAUCCACGACUCUUUACUGAAUCUUGCAUCCAACUCAACCCGAAAAGCUAGUUGUCCUAUGGUGUUAAAUGAUCCUCGGACUAAGCUCCGAUGAUGAUUGUUUCUCUGGUUUUCUAAUUGUUUGUUCUUGUUUUCUUUUGUAAGAAACAGACUUGUCUUCAUGUUUGUAAAUGGAAAUCAUGGUGGGGUCUUGGUUUUAACUUAAAGAAAAGGUAUCUGUUGAUUUUGAAAACAGAGACCAUCGUUUAAUAAUACAGCAUGUACUUCAAAUGAGUGACCGACUUUUGUUUCAUGCUGAGAAAAGUUGAACAAAAAAUAGAUGUAAAAUUUCUUGUCGUA